AUGGCCCGCCCCGGCAUGGCUGGGCGGCUCGCCAAGCUCGGCGCCGUCGACGUCGAGUACAAGAGGGUGCCGUGCGUGUACGAGGGCAAGAACCUCUCGCUGCGGGUGGAUGAGCGGAGCCGCGCGCCCAGCGAGCUCGCCAUCACGAUCCUCUACCAGGGCGGCCAGACCGACAUCGUCGAGGUCGACGUCGCGCAGGUCGGUUCGUCGUCGAGCUGGACGUCCCUGACACGAGACCACGGGCCGGCGUGGAGCACGAGCGAGGCGCCACCGGGGCCACUGCAGCUGAGGGCGGUGGUGACCAGCGGGUUCGACGGGGCAUGGGUCUAUGCCGAACAUGAAGUCCUGCCGAGCCAGUGGCACGCCGGCGAGGUCUACGACACCGGCGUCCAGAUCACCGCCAUCGCCCAAGAAGCCUGCCUCCCCUGCGACACGCAGGAGUGGAAGUGA